GGUCGUAGUAGGCAGUAGCCAUGAAUUUGAUGGAUGGGGAUGACGAGGAGUUCGGAUUCUCUCGGAACUAUUUUCUCGCAAAGGAAUUGGGUGGAUCUGCGAAGAAAUCCACCCGCAGAAUUUCCGAUAUCAAAGUCGUUGACGAACAGGAGCUGAGAGCAGCAGCAUCAAAGCUAGCACCUAAACAUGAGAGAGAGAUGACAUCUUUACUCAACAGCUAUAGGAGUUUAUAUUCAAAAUGGGCUUUUGAGCUUAGAUGUGGCUUUGGCCUUCUUAUGUAUGGGUAUGGUUCUAAGAGGGCAUUGAUUGAAGAUUUCGCUUCAACAGCAUUGACUGACAGUGGUGUAGUUGUUAUCAAUGGCUAUCUUCAGUCUAUCAAUAUUAAACAGGUUGUGGUCGCAAUAGCAGAAACUCUGAGGGAUCAACUGAAAACCAAAAGAAGCCCUCUUACGGGGAACAUGUCCAAGUUCCACCAACCAUUUAAUUCACUAUCCAUGGAUGAUCUUCUUGCAUUUCUGGAAGGGUCAAAGAAAAAGGAUAAUGACUGCUUUGUUUGCGUUGUCAUCCACAAUAUUGAUGGACCUGCAUUGCGAGAUUGUGAAUCACAACAGUCUCUUGCACGUUUGGCAUCUUGUUCCCACAUCCAUAUGGUUGCAUCAAUCGACAAUGUGAAUACACCCUUGUUGUGGGACAAGAAGAUGGUUCACACACAGUUUAGCUGGUGCUGGUAUCACGUCCCAACCUUUGCACCUUACAAGGUUGAAGGAGUCUUUUUUCCUUUGGUUCUCAUCAAUGAUGGAAAGACCCAAAGCGCCAAAACUGCUGUAAUAGUUCUACAAAGUCUUACACCAAAUGCACAAAGUGUCUUCAAAGUUCUUGCUGAGUAUCAACUGGCACACCCUGAAGAAGCAGGAAUGCCACUCAGUGGUUUGUACACAAUCUGCAGAGAACGCUUUUUAGUUAGUAGCCAGAUCACACUGAAUUCCUAUUUGACUGAGUUCAAAGAUCAUGAGUUAGUGAAGACAAGAAGGCAUGCUGAUGGUCAUGACUGCUUCUACAUACCCCUUGAGUCUGAGGAGCUUGAGAAACUGUUACAAGAGAUUGGCUGAAUAUUGCUGUGGUGCAACAUGGCUUCAAUGGCUAAUGUUGUGUUGUCAAGUUAUCUUGCAAAGGAAUGGGGUCAGGGAAAGAAAGAUUCUAGGUAGUCCUCUGGAAAUAUGCUGUUUCAUUUGAUGAAAAGUAGGUGGCAAUAUAUAGCAGCCAA